AUGAACUAUAAUAAUUCAACUCAUAGAAGAACUUAAUCUAAUAAUGAUAUCCAACAAAUUUUAUGUGCUAGAAUUGCUGGUUUAGUUGAAGAUGAAUAUUAAUAAUAAAAACUUGAUCCAAAAAGAAUUAAUCUAGGAUCUACUCUAUUUCAAAUUCCUGAAUAAAAUGAUCUUAUAUCUUCUGUUGAACAAACAACUGAAUCAUCUAAAUAACAUUCCUAAAUGAUUAAAGAUUUGAAUUUAUCUAAUCUCAAAUCCAAUCCAUAAUAAGACAAAGAAAAUUUCAAAAAUCUUUCAUCUUGUUCUACUCUCAUUAAUCAAAUCUAAUAGAUUGUCAAAUCUGGAUCAAAUACUAAAGAAUUUCAAUCAAAAAAAUCAAUCACUUCAAUUAAUGAAGUCACUAAAAAACAAUCUUCAACUCAAAGUUAGAUGAGUUUUACAUAAGAACUAUUAAAAAAAUAAGGAUUAAUACAAUAUUAAUAAGGAUAAACACUUAAAUAAAAUGUUACUCCUGACAGAAAAAGAGGUCCAUCUUAUAGUAAUAAACCCACAAAUUAAAAAUAGCAUAAUGACUCUACACCAAAUGAAAUAUUAGGUACAGAUAAUAUUAAGAGUAAUUUCUCCAUUUCUACCUUCAAUAAUCUAAUUAGAUAAGAUUCAAAAUAAAAGAACUCUAAUUUUGAUGUUUGUGAUUCUUAUAGAAAUUUAGAAGUCAAAAUAAAAAAAAUUGAAUAGGAAAUGAACACAAUUAAAUAAAGACAAGAUCACUUAGAUGAAACUAAUAGAAAUAUUUAAGAUCAAUUAAAAGAAUUUAUAUAUGAGAAUAAAUAGUAAUAAGAAGUAUUACAAUUAUAUUUAUAAUUAGAAUGGUUCUAAAUAAUUAAAAAAAAUAGAACAAUUAGAAUAAAUAACAAAAAGAAAUGAAGAAUCAAUAUCUUGCUUAAAAGAUCUUUUGAUUAAUCAUAAUACAAAUCAAAAAAAAAAUGAUUAAAACAAUAUUAAUUUCGGGUAAAAUAAUAUUGAUUAUAUAGAAAUAAAUAAUAGUUUGAUAUUACUGAUUUACAAAAGAAAUUUGUUGACUUUAAACCUUUAAAUCAUAAAGUAUUUUGA